AUAUACAAGGACCAGGAUUUCAAAAUAAAACAGGAAAUGCAAAAUUCAAGAGAGCAAAACAAGAGUAAUACGAUUUCAAAACAAGACUGAAAAUGCAAAGCAAACCCAGGAACAGAAACACAAGUAACAGGAUUAUAAACUAAACCCAGAAAUACUAACCAAAACCUCAAGAAUCAAAACAAGAGUAUGCGACUACAAACUCAAACAGGAGCCUACUACAAAAUUCUAAACAAGAAAAACACAGUGUGAUCUGACUUUCAACUUAAAGAGCAGGAAGUAUUGAACAGCAACAAAAAGAAACCAAAACCAGAGUCCACAGAAAGUCCAUAACAAUUUUAAAAGAAAUCAAAAAAGAAGUCUAAACUUCCCCAGGGCUGAUCAUGCCCAAGGACUCCAACAGUCCAACAUAAUCCAAGUUAAAUCUGUCCACUAGGAGUGCAAAACUAGUUCAAAACAUUCCAAAAGGGGUUAAACACAGCAACCCUCAGGGCUGAUCAUAACACCCUCCUGUUUCAGGCACAGACUAUUACUUGCUUUGAAAACACAGAAAUAUCCUGCUUGCUUAGAUGAUAACCGAUGCUGCUGAUUGGCAUUAAAAUUAACAUGGCUCACAGGCAGUCUUUAUGACUGAAUUGGUUUGAUUGAUUAAUUACGUAAGCUGCCUGCAAUUGCACAGUGUAAUGAUAGAUGGUUGAUAAAUUAUAAAUAGAGCUUCAGCUCAUGACACAUUGUUUACUGAGUCCACUUGAGCUGUUAAGAUAAACCUCAUUUCCUUUGUUUUUCUGUGUAUGUUCUAAAGGUGGUGGGUUUUGGUCAAAACACCCACCAUCAGAAAGGCAUACCCACAAACUCCUGUGUGAAGAGGAGAAAGGGGUGUGUGUCUGUGCACACGUGCGUGUGUGCAGUUUUGGUACUUUGUGGCAUGUAUAUAUAAGUGUUGGAAACCUAUUGACAACUCAUUGUUCUUUGAAACCUGAUGAUCAGACACCUCCUCUGGUGAGUUGAUGCAUCAUAUUUUUAGUAUAAAAAAGAAUUUACCAUGCUCUUUUUAAACACUUUUUUCUAGAUCAGCUAAUAUUAAAUUUACUGUACAGACAUAGAAUGUGUACCUGUAUAAGUACAUCAUCACUGAUGUCACAUGUCUUCUCUGUAUGUCUUCUGUCUGUGUAAAGUCAGUAGCUGUUUGUCUGACUGCAGUGAUGAAGAGUACUGUGCUCAUUUUUGCUCCUCUGUGUUGGCUCCUUUGUUGGAUUCUUCCAGUUGGCUCCAAGAUGAUCAGCUUCACUUCAAGAGAUACCAACAAGGCCACCACUAUCCCGCUGAACAUGGCUGAAGAUGCUGUUGAUGACAUGUACUCUGGCUGCAUUAAAAAGAUGACAACAAAAGUCAAAGUCAAAUACUUUAGAAAAGAGAACAAGGGAUUAUUUAAAAAUGUUUGGAAAAAGGCUGAACAGUGUGCAACAGAUAGAUUUAAACAAAAAAAUAAAGAAGAUGUGGCUUUAACUAAGAAUCACAUGCAAGCAAUCUGCGUUUAUACAUCUGAGGCUGACAAGUUUUAUGAGACCUUCAAUGGUGCAGUCCGGACAAAUGGAAAAAACUAUGGCACCUCCUUUCAAUACCACUCCCUACAUUUCUGGCUGACAACUGCUAUUCAGAACCUCAGGGCAAAACAAGGCUGUCACAUCACCUACCGCAGAAGCAAAGCUGAGUUCACUGGGGAAGUCAAACAGAUAAUUCGGUUUGGUUCUUUUACCUCCACCUCUUUAAAAUCAAACCUGACAUCCUUUGGUCAUGAGACCUGCUUUAAAAUUUUGACCUGUACAGGUGCUUUCUUGAAGAAUUAUUCGUACUAUAAAGACAAGGAGAAAGAAGUGCUCAUUCCUCCUUAUGAGAAGUUCAAGAUAAUUAAGACAGUAAAGGAUAAAUCUGUAGAAGAACUGAAAGACUGUAAGAAAGUGUAUAUCCUAGAGAGUACAGGAGUCCAGAGCAAUCUAAAUUGCUAUGCUGUGAAAUAUAAAAAGGACCAGUCAUUCUUCUUCAACUGGUGGAGCAAAGUGAGAAUUUAAUCUUGUUCAGUAAAUGACGUGCACAUACUCCUUCUAAAAUCCAACUUUAUUCCAAUAUUUCUUUGCAUUCUCCUCAAACCUAACCCCUUCCAUACUUACCCAUCAUGUUGAUCAAUGACAUGAGCAGCAACUUUGUAGAAUUUCUAAAAGGCAUUUAUGUUGUAUUUUUGCGUUUACCAGCAUUUCAAUGUGCAACAAGUAUUUUGUUUUGAAAGAUGUAUUCUGAAAAAAAAAAUCAAUAAAUUUGUCAAAUAGCAAAAA